ACAGAUACACAGUUUACAGCCGGGCUGCAGGGACUUCCAAGACUGUCAAGACAGGCUGAGGAGUGAUGGCGUCUUCAGGUUUGGCUGUGCUGUGCCUCCUGCUCCUGCAGACUGGAGCUCUGGGGUUUGGGAUAUUGCCAGGAGAUUCCCUGAAUCACCUCGAGAUCACAGAGAUGGCUCUCUUAGAUAUGACUGUUCAAGUGUGCCGCAGUCUGACCCAGGCUGAGGGGGGAAGCUUCACUACACCUUCACAGCCAUUUACUACUGAGGCUGUCGCUGUUGCUUGCAACUCACCAAAAUCAUCAAAGACUUUCCGCGAAGCCAUCCGGUUCAUCAUCUUGAAUAACGUACGGGUCGACCUCCGUUAUGCCUUCAAUGCAAGUUUCCACUUUGAUGACGAGAUGUUUAUCGAGGGAAGGAGGAUCAUCACUGAGGGAAUAUCAGCUGUCAAGGCCAGCAACAAAAGAGGAAACUUUGAGACAGCCAGACGGGAGCUCGGACAAAUUUUACACCCUCUACAGGAUUUCUACAGUCAUAGUAUCUGGGUGGAACUGGGCUAUAAAACCCCAAACGCCAACCUAAUCAGAGCGGGCACCAGCAUCGGCAACAUUGCAGAUGUAAGUAGGGCAACCUGUCGCAACUGUGAUGGAGAUGACUGCAGGAACAACAUUUUGGAAGAUAUCUUACAGGAGAAGAUACUGACCUCAGGAUAUUUUGGUAUUGUGCCCCUCGUCUCGGAGAAACCCGAAGGAAAAUGCAGCCAUGGAGGAAGUGUUGAUCAAACCAGUGGCAUCGAGCCUAAAGGUGGGAUCAAUAAGGACUCACUGGACGCCAGUCAUGGUCAUCUCCACACCGAAGCAGCAAAUCUAGCAAUAGCUGCAACCAAACAGCUACUAGAGGACAUUCGUGGGGCAGCUGGUGACACAGACUUUCUACAGAUGAUGGGUAUCUCCAAGGGAUCCAGUAAAGCUCUUUGUUUUGUGAUUGACACCACAAGCAGCAUGAGUGAUGACAUUGAGGCGGUGAGGAAUGUCACCACUGCGCUCAUCAACAGUAAAAUAGGAACAGAGGACGAGCCCGCGGCUUACAUUCUUGUUCCUUUCAACGACCCAGAGUUCGGGCCACUGAUAAGGACUACCGACCCAAAUCUCUUCAAGAAUAUUAUUAAUUCACUGAAACCCGAAGGAGGCGGGGACACUGAAGAAAUGAGUCUCUCAGGGCUUCAGUUGGCUUUAACGGGGGCUCCCCGCAGUUCUGAGAUCUUCCUUUUCACCGAUGCCGCUGCGAAAGACAAACACCUCAAAAGCACCGUGAUCGCACUGAUAGAGCGCACCAAGACAGUGGUGAACUUCAUGCUCACUGAAGCUUUGGGGCUCCGGCGUCGGAGACAGGCCAGUAGGAGCCAACAGGGCAAGAGAAUGGCAACGUCAGACAUUCAGCUGUACAAAGACGUGGCUCUGGCCUCAGGAGGGCAGCUCAUUGAAGUCUCCAAGAGUCAGUUGUCUGAGGCCACAAGCAUCAUAAUAGAGUCGUCCAGCUCUUCACUGGUGACACUUCUGCAGGCAGCGAGGAGCCCAGGAAAGGCAGACACCUUCACCUUCAUAGUUGAUGACUCGGUAACAAACCUGGUGAUUUACAUAACAGGACAUAACCUCACCGUCACUCUUCAAAGCCCCUCAGGUACGACUCAGGAGAGCACUGACCAGACUGGAUCUUUAAUCGCGUCGUCCAAAUCAGUGGGCAACUUCCAGACUUUGCAGCUGAACAAACAAGUGGGACAGUGGGAAAUCCAAAUGGUAUCAACAAAUCCCUACACUGUGAAGGUCAUCGGUCAGAGUGGCAUUGACUUCCUUUUUGACUUUGUGGAAGAAUCCAAAGGUCUGUUCACAGGAUUUGAUGUUCUAGACACCCGUCCCAGAGCUGGGGUUAAUGCCACCUUGCUGUUGUCGAUAACGGGCAGUGACUCGGCAACAGUGACAGAGGUUGCCCUGGUGGAGUCAUCAGGGUCAGAGGUGGUUAAUGGCACUAUCGAGUCUCGCGGGGGUGGAGACUUCUUAGUGCAGGUUGACAAGAUGCCAUCAGCGGAGUUUGUGGUGCGUGUGAAGGGGCAGAGUAGCGGCAGCACGUCCAAGGCUUCCACCACCUUCCAGAGGCAGUCCUCCACCAACUUCAGACCCUCCAGUAUAACUAUUACUGCUGACUCAAACAGUGUCUUAGUACCAGGAACCCCAUUCUCUGUACCCUUCUCUGUGACCAUCAGCGGAACAGGGGGAAACUUCACCAUCCGAGCCACCAAUGACCAAGGUUUUGACUCAACCUUCCCGACCAGCUUGAUCCUGGCAAAUGAAAGCAAUGCUAAUAGUACAGUGACUCUGAGCGCGCCCCUGAACACCCCGUCUGGUAGCGAUGUCACCCUGACCAUUGAGGCCGAGGCUCCAGGGGCCACAGACACCAAUUAUGUGGUGCUGCGCAUCUCCAUCGUUAACACGGUGACUGAUUUCACCAGCCCAGUGUGUGAGCAGCUCAGCCUACAGGCCAACUGCUCUGGAGACUGCAGCUUGUCUAUGUGGGAUCUCUCUGUCAGAGUGAGCGAUGGGGCUGAUGGGACGGGCGUUGACCGUGUCAGCCUCAGACAGGGCAACGGGACCAUCAACACCACCAAAGCAGUGGGCACCAGCGGCGAAAACGUAACCCUGGUGUCCUACCAUGCAUCUUGCUGCUCACCUAAUGUGGAGCUAGUGGUUGUGGAUGAGGUGGGGAAUGUAGGCACGUGUUUCUACAAUAACAGGGGAACAACCACCGUCAGCCCGUCGUCUGAUAACGUCACACCAGCUGCUCUGUCUGCGGCUACCAAAACCACUCACUCCUCCCUUCUUUGCCUAAGCAUGGUGAUUGUAAUCAUGCAGAUACUAGGACACCUUUGUAUCAAAUGAAAGGCUGACCCGGUGACUGUUCUGAUGUCAAGGAUGCAUAUUCUGCAUAACUGAUAAAAGGUAAAGGUAAAAAUCAAACACAUGGCCAUCUGACCAUGCUUUAUUAUCUGUAUGAAUAUAUCAUUAGGCACUUAAAAUUACUGUAAAGUUUAAAGCUCCACUAAGAGAUUUCCGACCACUAGGGGCUAGGGAUGGGUGCAAUUACUCAAGUAUUCGAGUACUUGAGUACUCAUUGUUGACAUCAGUAUUCGAGUAAUGUCUUACUAUUGGAGCACCUGCACAGUGUGUUGGUUUUGGCUGCAACUCAUUUGGCGUCACACGCACCAUGUCAGACACGACCAGGAAGAGUGAUGUCUGGAAAUACUUUGACAAAAAGG